CUCUCUCCAGGCUGUAUCUCGCCUCUAAAGCCGCCUGUUCGCUGUCGCUCCGCAUCUCUCCCUCCGUUGCUGCACGCACGUAACCCUCUUUGCUCUAUGCAAUCGGUUGAUCGAUCCUCGUAUCGGAAAAUAAUCGAUAGCCGCAUGGUGACGUCACGCCGUUGAUGGGUAAUAGUGGAUGGGCGGGUUGGUAAGUGGCUGGCUGGGUGCCGCGCGGACGCCAGGGAAGACGCGUGCACCGAAAGCCCCCACUGGAUGAAAAAGAGGGAAAUACACAGUCUUACACGAGCAGGACGCGUACGUGCACGCGGCUGUUUUGCUGUUUGUUUUGUUUAUUUGACGCGUCGGAGCGUGGGAAAUGUAGGAGCAGCCACGGUCGCCUGCAGGAGGAGGAUGGAUGCGUAACAGGGACGGAUCGAGGCAGCUGUGGCCUGCUUCUAACAGCAACAUCUGGCCGUCCUUCUGCAGGGUGAGAGAGGGCGCCUCGCAGCCAGCAGCCGGCUCUGGACUACAGCGGGGAAGCGGGGGUGAUGGAGGAGGAGGGGGAGGGGCCCGUGGUGGUCAGAGAGGGGCCGAGCGGUCACAGCCUCCCACUGGACACGGCGGCGGCACCCACCACCACAAACCUCCUGGCUUCUGUCAAAGAGCAGGAGCUCCAGUUUGAGCGGCUGACUCGGGAGCUGGAGGAGGAGCGGCAGAUCGUGGCCAGCCAGCUGGAGCGGUGCAUGCUGGAGGCAGAGUCCCCGGCAGCAGACAGCAGCAGCUCAUCUGAGAAGUCGUUUGCAUGGAGAACUGCAGGCGGAGAGUCGCAGGGUGCGUCCAUGGAGGCGCCGGGGCGGCAUCGCGCGGCGGAGGAGGGGCUGUACCUGCCGGAGCCGGACUGCGUCUCCCUGCAUGACAGUGAGGGCUCAGGAGGUCACUCGGUCCAGAUGACGUCAUACUCAGACAGCGGGUACCAGGACAGCAGCGUCAGUUAUUACAGCAACCAGAACGUCGUGAGGUCAGAGCCCCGGGCCACGCUAUCAAGGAGCCCGAGGGCCGAGGGCCAAGCUUCUGGGCAGGCGUCCAGCCGGGUGUUGCGGAGGAUGACCUCCCUCCCCUCCAGGAGCCAGUCUCCCGGCUGCGGCACCGCCGGCACCGUCUCCCCCUCCCGUAUCUCCCUGCGGACAUCCCAAGGCAGCACCUACGACUCCCCCAUCCUCUCGGAGCCCAAGCCUCUGGCCGCCGUCUUCCCCGGCACCACCAUGCCGCCGUCCUGCCCCUCGCCGACCUCUCCGGCCGACGCCACACAGGCCCUGGGCAACGGGGGGGGCGGCGGGAUGGGAGGAGGCGGCCGCCUGGGCUCCACGCUCUCUCUGGUGGAGGGAAGGGCCUUGAUGGGGUCCCCGCUACGCGCGGGAAUGACGGCGGUGCCUCAGCACUACGGCUCCACGCUGCCCAGGCAGAGCCAGCCGCUGGCCUACGGAGCCGACCCGUACGGGCUGUACCAGAGGAGCGUCCUGCCCCGGCCCGACAGCCUCAUAGGGCUCCACAGUUCCUACGCCAGCCACGUGGGCCCGCUGGACCCAGAGCUGAGGGCGGCGCUGUCUCCAGACUGUCACAUGACGCCAGUGUUCGAUGAGCGCGCCUUCCACAGCCCCCUGUUCCACAGCCCCACGCACGAGCCCCAGGGCUUCAACACCUCCAGCACAGGUAUGGAGACGCUCCCCAGGACCACAAGCCAUUGCGGCACGCUGCCGUACCAAAGAAGCAGCAGCUACGGGCUCAGCUCUGCAGGUCUCUACGUGGACUCCUACAGGGUCUCUGGUGAGCCUGUCUUCUCCCACCGACACUCGGGCCUGGUGGACCGGGUCGCUACGCGCACCCCGUCCAUUGAGAGCAUCCAUAAGGACCCCAGAGAGUUCGCCUGGCGUGACCCCGAGCUGCCGGAGGUCAUCCACAUGCUGCAGCACCACUUCCCGUCUGUCCAGGCCAACGCCGCCGCCUACCUGCAGCACCUGUGCUACGGAGACAACCGGGUGAAGGUGGAGGUGUGUCACCUGGGCGGGAUCCAGCACCUGGUGGACCUGCUGGAUCACAAGGUGGCUGAGGUGCAGAAAAGCGCCUGCGGAGCCCUGAGGAACCUGGUGUACGGCAAGGCGACCGACAACAACAAGGUGGCGCUGAGGAACUGCGGCGGCGUUCCCGCUCUGCUGCGCCUCCUCAGGAAAACCACCGACAACGAAGUCCGCGAGCUGGUCACUGGCGUCCUGUGGAACCUGUCCUCGUGUGACGCAGUGAAGAUGACCAUCAUCCGUGACGCUCUGAGCACGCUCACCAACACCGUGGUCAUUCCACACUCGGGCUGGAGCAGCGUGUCGCACCGAGAGGAGCACAAGGUCAAGUUUCAGUCGUCGCUCCUGCUGCGGAACACCACCGGCUGUCUGAGGAAUCUGAGCUCAGCCGGGGAGGAGGCGAGGAGUCAGCUGCGUUGCUGUGAAGGUCUCGUUGACUCGCUGCUUCACAUCCUCAAAGCCUGUGUCAACACCUCCGACUACGACAGCAAGAUCGUAGAGAACAGCGUCUGCACUCUGAGGAACCUGUCGUACCGGUUGGAGGUGGAGAUGCCGUCCUCUCGCCUCCUCGGCAACCAGGAGCUGGACACGCUGCUGGGCUUCUCCUCCCCAGUCAAGGAGCUGGACUACCUGUGCUGGGGCAAGAGGAGGCGGGGCCGGAAGCGUGGAGGCUGGCCGGAUGACAAGUGGGACGGUGUCAGCCCCAUCCCAGGCAUCUCCCAGUCUUUGAGGGGAGCAGAGCUGCUGUGGCACCCGAUGGCGGUGAAGCCAUACCUCAACCUCCUGGCUGAAAGCUCCAACCCUGCCACGCUGGAGGGAGCUGCUGGGUCCCUGCAGAACCUCUCUGCUGGGAACUGGAAGUUCUCGGCCUACAUCCGAGCAGCUGUGCGUAAAGAGAAAGGUCUGCCCAUCCUGGUGGAGCUGCUGAGGAUGGACAACGACCGGGUCGUCUGCUCUGUGGCCACGGCCCUCCGCAACAUGGCUCUGGACGGGCGCAACAAGGAGCUGAUAGGAAAGUACGCCAUGCGGGACCUGGUGAACCGGCUGCCCGGCGGCAGUCCCACCGUGCUGUCAGACGACACCGUAGCGUCCGUCUGUUGCACUCUGCACGAGGUCACCAGCCACAACAUGGAGAACGCCAAAGCCUUAGCCGACAGCGGCGGCAUCGAGAAGCUGGUGGACAUCAGCAAAGGACGAGGGAAAGGCUACUCCAUGAAGGUGGUGAAGGCAGCAGCUCAGGUGUUGAACACACUGUGGCAGUACAGGGAGCUGAGGACUCUGUAUAAACAGGAUGGAUGGAACUACACCCACUUCGUCACUCCCAUCUCCACCCUGGAGCGAGACCGCUACCGUUCUCAGCCCACCCUCCCCACCAGCCCCCUGCAGAUGUCCCCCGUCAUCCAAUCAGGUGGUAGUGCCACGUCGUCCCCGGCGAUGCUCGGGAUAAGAAGACACAGUUCAAACUAUCAGAGGGCACAGUCAUCUAUGCAACUCGACACGUAUUAUGGAGACAACAGUUUACACAAACAGCCGUACACAGGGUCUGAGAAGAAAACCCCGUAUUUCAUUGGGACCUAUUCUUCUCAGUCAGGAGAGGAUUUGAGAAGGUCUCAGCACCCAGAGCCAUUCUACGAUGAGCCCAACAGGAAGAACUACAACAACUACAGAAUGUACCUGUCGUCCCCACAAGACUACGGAGAGGAGCGGUACGAGGACGAGCCUGUCCAGCUGACGCCGUCCUCUCCCGACCGCUACGCCACCCAGUCACUGCGAUUCAAAGCCAACACCAACUACGUGGACUUCUACUCCACCACACGGAGGCCUUCCAACAGGUCGGACAAGUUCACCGGCUCCCCCGACUCCUGGGUGUAGGAGCCACGUGGACGCCGCGUGUCUGUGUGGGGGUUUGCUGUGGAUGAGGACGCAUGUGAACGUGUGCAUCUGUGACCAGGGCUCUGUUCACUGCGUGCAGCGUUUGACUAAGUCAGACCAUGUACACAACAGUGCGGCUAAAUAUCAACACUAAUAUAUGCUACCAAGAAGUUCAGGUGCCAGGUACAAACAAGGUGCAGAAAUCUUUCAGGUCAAAUUUUAUUUUUAUAGGUCACCAUCACAAAUUUGCUGUAGCGUCGUCCUAUAAUCACGCCACACUCUGCCUGCUUGGCCUCCAACUGUUCCUGCAUCAGCUGGAAGUGGAGUCCUGGCAACUAACCUUGAAAUGUUUGCUACUCAUUCAAAAAGCUUUGCCAGUUCUAAGUCUGCACUUUAUUUCUACUCAUUCUCACAUACUGAUGGCAGAGCUCACCUAACUUGACCAAACGAGCCGGGAAUCAAACCACACCGAUCCCACGACUGAUGGACAACCGCUCUACCUCCUGAACCACAGCCACACCGGUGAAACCAGAGGAUGGACCUGAGAUUUGUAAACAAGUUUCAUCAGUAUAAAAGCUUUUUGGAUGAAUAGUCAAACAUUUCAGCAUUUUACUACCGUACCUGGUUGAGUGAGGACCAGUGACCUGGUAUAUUCUAGCUUCUGAUUGGCUGAACACACCUGAUCCACAUGGAGCAGCGCUAGUUGAUAACAGGUGGAGCUAAAUAUCCCCCACACUGGGAAGAUAUGAGUCUAAAGUGUCACCCCAACAUAUAAGCUUCCGUCACAGAUACUGUUUGGAAAAAGAAUCUAUGCAUGUCGCUCUAAAACCAGAACCAGUGUUUUAUCUGCACUGUUACGUACAUGGACUCGACGGAGAGCAGCACAAAGACGAGCUUGAUCAAAAGGUGAGAAACGCAGACGCCCUCACGUUGUUGUUUACCAGCGUAUUUAACGUCAACUGAUUUCAUUUUCUCAGCAGUAAAAGUGUGCAGUGUGUUGGCUUCAUAACAUGAAUAGUGUCCGCCAGCAUCAUCUCGAAUAUGAGAGGAAAGGAACCUAUUGAAGCUGAGCAGGGUGUAGAAAGGCACCGACACCUGGGACAAGUAGUCCUCCAGGGUCCGUCCCUGCACUCGCUGCAGGAAAUCAAAGUACUUUAGAACUUCAAUCACAGAGUUCGGUGUAAAUCCAACCUUUAUUUGACCCAGGUUUGGUGGGAGCGUCCUCACACUGGGAACCUUUAAAGACUCAGAGGACUGAGGAUACGUCUGUGACCUUUUACAUAAUGUUGGGCAAACGUGCAGUAACCAUAAAGUAUGUGAAAUAUGUGGAAACCUGUGAAUCUCUAUCUGUACAGACACGAUGGUUGAACUGUCCUGUUGCAUUGUUGUAUUCAAUAUGUAGAAGUUUACAUGUGAUCGUGUGAAGACGACUUUUCUAUUAUUUAUGGAUUCUUUUUUUAUUCAUUUCCUUGUGACCUGACCAAAAUGCCCCAUGUGUCUGUUCUGUCCACAACUGAUGAUGAUGACAAUGUGCAAUGUUACAGAGGGAAAUUCUAUGUAUAGGGAUUAAAGAUUAUACAACCAGA